AUGGCCGUCGACUUCAAGAGCCUCACGAUGCGAGCGGCGCAGCUGGGCCGCGAGAAGCGCUGGGAGGCGGUGCUGGAGAUGAUCCGCGACUUGCGGACGCAGGGCGUCCUGCCGGACGAGAUCUUCCUGAGCGCCUCCAUCACAGCCUGCGCCAGAGCCAGCCGCUGGCAGAAAGCUCUGGCGCUGCAGGCCCUGGCGCCGCACAGCGGUGCGGCGGGCAACGCAGCCAUGGCCGCGUGCCAGCGGAGCAGGCAAUGGCAGGCGGUGCUGGGGAUUUUCGAGUCGAUGGAGCAGCAAGGCGCUGAGAGGAACAUCAUCAGCUUUACCACCGCAGUCAAGUCUGCGCCCUGGACUGCUGCCAUGGCCAUCGCGAAAUCCGCGAAGCACUUGACGAAGGACGUGUUCUUCUACAGCGGCCUGGUGGGGGCAUGCGCGUCAGAUGGCCAGUGGCAGGCUGCGCUGACCGUUCUGCAGGACAUGCAGGAGAAUGCUGUCCAGCCGGACCCAGUGCUGCUAGGGGCGUUGAUGCGGUGCUGUGAGACAGGUGGCUGGCGGGCGGCCCUGGCGAUUCUCGACUCGUCCGGGAAGUGCUGUGACGUGCAGAGCUUCAACGGGGCGCUUGCUGCAGUGGCCUCCGGGGCCCAGUGGCAGCGCUGCGCUGCGCUGCUGUAUUCCAUGGGACUCCAGGAGGCCUUCGAGCGCCUCGCGCCGGAUGCGGCCAGCUGCAGCAUCUGCAUCACUUGCCUGGCGCGCUGUGGCCACUGGGAGCGCGCGCUGGAGGUGCUGAGGGCAAUGCCAGAGCUUCAGGUGCAGCGAAACGAGGUCAGCUUCAAUGCGGGCAUCAGCGCCUGUCAAACGCCUGCUGCUGCCCUGGAGAUCUUGCAGGAGAUGGACGCGACAAGCGUCCAGCGCAGCAAAGUCUCUUUCAACGCGGCGCUCGCCGCAUGUGGCUCUUCAUGGGAAGAAGCUCUCAGCUUGCUGGAGCAGAUGAAGUGCGGCAGCCUGGAGCCGGACGCGGUGACCUUCUCCUCGCUGCUCUCCGCCUGCGAAGCGCAUCCGCCGAAGGCGCUGGAGGUGCUGCGGCGGUUUCUGGCGGAGGGCGGCGUACCCCACGGGCUCCAGGUGGGCUCCGUGCUGAAGGGCCUGGACCAGAAGGAGGCCCUGGCGCUGCUUUCAGAGCUGCGGCGCCUGUGGGCCUCGGGCAACUCGGGCGACGGAUGCGGCGAAAACGGCGGGAGCGUCGAAGGUCCGGACUUCAGCGCCUGGCAGGAGGUGCGCCCCAGAGGCUCCGGCGAUCGCUUGCAAAAGCCCGUGGACGUGAUCUACGCGGACGAGACGCUGGUGGCCAUCGGGAAAACUCCGGAGGUAUCCACGGAGCAAGCGCUGCAAAGCCUGGCGAAUCAGCUGAAGGCGACGCUCUUCUCGGUGUCGCGACUGGAUCUUCCGACCUCAGGCGUGCUGCCGGCGGUGAUCGGCGGCGAGAAGACCGUGCAGGCGCGGUGGUACUUGGCGCAGUUCGCCGGAGCUAUGGUGGACAAGGAGUACCUCUGCCUCUGCCACGGCCUUCUGGAACCCAGCGGCAGCAUUUGCCUGCCGUUGAGGACUGAGGCCACCAGCGCCAGCUCCAGUCGUGCCGUGGUGGACGAAGCUCUCGGCCAGUCGGCGCACACAUCCUGGCGCACCUUGGCGCGGCUGCGCUCCUCGACGGGCGAGGAGCUGAGCUUGCUGGAGGCGAAGCCCAAGACAGGUCGCCUCCACCAAAUCCGCGCGCACCUGGCGGCCAAAAACCACCCCAUCGUCGGCGACGCCUUGUACGGCUCCGGAGGCGAAGCUGAUAUCCGGCCCUUUGCCCUUUUGCCCUCCGUUUAA